AUGACAAUAACUAAAAGUGAUAAAGUACUUCGGCAAUGUCUUCAAUCGUUAGUUAUUUUUCAUAUAAAAGAACGAUCUAAUCGAUUGAAACAUGAUUUUCAAUCUCAUAUGGAACGUUUUCUAUUUAUUCGUUCACUUCUGACGAAUGAUGAAAUGCAAAAUAUCGACAAAGAAUUAAAUAGAUCAUUCAACAAUUUACAAAAAUGUCCCAAAUCUAUCAAGAACAUGGAACAAAUUGUAUCACUUAUUUUAACAAAAUGUGCUCAUCUUAAAUGUGAUGAUAUCGAAUCCUGUGAAUUUAAUCUUGCUAAAGCAAUUAAUCAAUUGUUACUUGCAAAGCUUAACAUAGCUCAAUAUUCUAGUCAGCAGUUGAUCGAUUCUCUCAUCCAAAUGUUCAAAACACUCAUUAUUUCAAAUCCGAAUCUUUUAAAAAAUCAAGAUUAUUUUUAUCGUGAUGGUUCUUGUGUUCACUUUUUUCUAUGCUAUUCAAUCAAUGUAACAAAUGACAUGUGUACUGAGCGAACAUUGAUUUCUAUCAAUAUGCAAUAUUAUCAAGCUGCCAUCGAUUUACUUCUUUUUAUCAUACAAUGUUUGAAACAUGUAUUUAAACAAGAAGUUUGGGCGAAAGUAUGUCUUUUGGAUAUAUUAAAUAUCAUCAUUCCGAGAAAUGUUGUUAGAAAUCAUGAAAUCUUUUUUGACGCAAGUUUAAUCGGCCUAUUAGAUCUAAUACUCAACGAAUAUAGUCUAGAAGAUAAAAUACUAUUAGAUAAAGACUUUGGUGAUAUAUUUCAAAGAAUUCUAGAUAAUCUUAUCGAAAACAAUCAACUUCAUACACUGUUAUCUAUUUAUGAUGCAAAUGAACACAUACAAAAUAUCUUUCGAAAUUCAUGGAAUAAUCGAAAAUAUGUAAAUAUAAUGACAAGAAAUCGAACAGCAAGACAAUUUUUUAAUGCUCUAUUAGAUGACCAUCUAUUUAGAACAUGGUUAACAAGUACAGAUCUUUUAUUUAUUUUAUUACAGAAGAAAGAAUGUAAAAUUGUAAAAAAACUAUUGAAAUUAUCACCGCCAAAUGUUCAUCAAAUUGAUGAAAAUGGUAAUGAUCCAUUACUUUAUAUCUGUCUGAAAGUACGUGGUUGUCGAGAAUUCUUAGUCGAAUUUCUAAUCGAGAUGGAAUGUGAUAUGCAAAGAAGAAAUUUAAAAGGUGAAAAUUUGAUUGAUGCACUACAAUUGGAAAGAAAUCGACAACUAUUGGAAAGAUUAAUUGAACGAGAAGUUAUUCAAAUUGAUAAUAUUUCAGGCGAAAUAAUAUCUAAUUCUUAG